CUUUAAUCAUGACUAAAUCAGGAGACGCUGACUAAUAACAAAAAUAAACAAGGAAAUACUAAAAAAUCAAUAAAGAAGAGAGAAGAGUAGUACUUAAGCUGCUUAUUAAUGACAAACUUUCCCUCUAAGAGGUAUCAAAUUUUAUAAGAUUAUCAAUAUCUCCUAUCUAUAUAUAUGAUAUUUUAAACAUUAUUUAAUAUAGGUAGCUAAUAGACUUAAGUUAAAAUAUUGUACUGUUCGGACAAUUUAAAAGGCCUAUGAGAAAGAUGGUCGUAUAGGAAAGAAGGAAACAAGAAAGAAGAAGCUAAAGAUUGAGAAUAUUCUCAAAAUUUCAAUCUUGAAUCCAUUUACCUUUUAACUAUCAGAGCCUAUUGUAUCAUCCGAAGUUAGCCAAGUAUUUUUAAAUAUUAUUAUAUAGAUAUAUAUAGAUAAGCAACCUUCAAAAGAAGAUUAAGUAACUCUAGCUAAAGAGUAGCGUUCUCUUCUUCAAUCGUAAUGCUAAAAACUUUUUAUGAUAUUAUCUUAAUAAUUCUAAAAAGCUAUGGAAAACUAAAAUCCGUUCUGUUAAAGUACUUUCUAAAAUUUAGUGUGGGCAUCUUAAAUAAUAAUAAAACAACUUCUAGAAGUUAAAUAAUAAUAAAUCAAUGUAAAAUAAGAGCAUGAACCUGCUUCCCCUAAUUAAACUUAAUAUCCAUUUCCAAUUUAACAUAAUUUA